CGUCAACGCGCGUCAAAUUUUUGGCAUGUUAUUUUAAACUGCCCAUUGUAAAUGCCAUAAAUGUUGACCAAUUUUAUACAACUGGCUUUUCAUAAUGUUAAAAUAAUAUUAAUUAAUAGUACUGUGUAGAAUAUUUAUUACAAAUAUGUAUGUAAGUUUUAAGGAAAAGCAUAAAACCAGUAUUGGAAUAUUAAAAUAAACAUAUCCCACUCAGAUAUAUCUACCCAGUAUGAUUACUAAUGAAAUCAUAACUGUUGGAUCAUGUAAUAUAGACCUUGUCAGUUACGCGUCAAGAAUACCUAAACCAGGAGAAACCAUUCAAGGUAGGGAGUUUAGGACAUUUUUUGGUGGUAAAGGAGCAAAUCAAUGUGUAGCUGUAGCAAGAUUAGGAGGAAAAGCUGCAAUGAUAGCCAGAAUUGGAGAUGAUAUUUGGGGACCGAAAUACAUUGGGGUGUUACAGAAGGAAAACAUAAAUACCCAGUAUGUCUUCGAAACAAAUAAUUGUAGUACAGGCAUCGCACAAAUUAUUGUUGGUGAUGAUACAGGUGAAAAUCAAAUAGUAAUAACACCUGGAGCUAAUGGAAGACUUAGUGUUCAAGAUAUAGAGGAGGCUAAAACAAUCAUAAGUACUGCAGGUGUUGUAAUUUUGCAGCUGGAAACUGCAGAAAGUGUUGCCAUUAGAGCUAUGGAAUUGUGUAAAGGCAUAUCUAUUUUAAAUGGAGCACCAGGACAAAAUAAAUUUGAUCCACAACUUUUAAAACUACCAACUAUCUUUUGUGUAAAUGAAAUAGAGGCUUCAACUUUUACAGGCGGCUUGCCAGUGAAUAAUAGCAGAGAAGUUGAAUUGGCUGCUUUAGACCUGAUAUCAAAAGGUUGCAAGUGCGUUAUUAUAACAUUAGGUGAGCAAGGAGCUUUCUACAUGGACCAAACUGAUAAAUACCAUGUGAGUUCUCCUGAAGUAAAAUGUGUAGAUUCAACAGGAGCAGGUGACGAAUUUAUAGGUGCACUAGCUUAUCUUUUAGUUAACGAAAAGGGCAUUUCAAUGAAGCAAGCAAUAGAAAAAGCUUGCUUUGCUGCUGCUGAUAGUGUGACAAGACCAGGAACCCAAGCCAGUUUUCCGAAUUCAAGUAUAUUUUUGGAGACUAAAAAGAUUUGCCCUUGUUCUAGCGACCAAAAUACAUGUGACUGUAAAUAAAUAAUAUUUUUUUUUAAAUAAUAUAACUUAUACGAUCCCUUGAAAAAUUUAGGAUCACAAAUAAAAUUUUCGGUAAAAGUUCAAAUAUAGAUUUUGUUCUUCUGUUGUUAAUUGAAAUCGUAG